GUCGCAUGCAGCUCCUAUGAGGCCCCUGCCGCCGGUCGGCGAUGUCCGCCUGGAGCUGUCGCCUCCGCCGCCGGUGCCGUUACCGCCUGUGACCGGGUCUGUUAUCAGCUCGUCCGGGCGUCUCAUGGCCGCUAGCAAAUCUCUGGUGCCCGACCGGCUGCGCCUGCCGCUCUGCUUCCUUGGUGUCUUUAUCUGCUAUUUCUACUAUGGGAUCCUGCAGGAAAAGAUAACAAGAGGAAAGUAUGGGGAGGGAGCCAAACAGGAGACGUUUACCUUUGCCUUAACGUUGGUCUUCAUCCAGUGUGUGAUCAAUGCUGUGUUUGCCAAGAUCUUGAUCCAGUUUUUUGACACUGCCAGGGUGGAUCGUACUCGGAGCUGGCUCUAUGCUGCCUGUUCUGUCUCCUAUCUGGGUGCCAUGGUUUCCAGCAACUCAGCACUACAGUUUGUCAACUACCCAACCCAGGUCCUUGGUAAAUCCUGCAAGCCAAUCCCAGUCAUGCUCCUUGGGGUGACCCUCUUAAAGAAGAAGUACCCAUUGGCCAAGUACCUGUGUGUGUUGCUAAUUGUGGCUGGAGUGGCCCUUUUUAUGUACAAACCCAAGAAAGCAGUCGGGAUGGAAGAACAUACAAUCGGCUAUGGAGAAUUACUCCUGCUAUUGUCUCUGACCCUGGAUGGACUGACAGGCGUUUCCCAGGACCACAUGCGGGCUCAUUACCAAACAGGCUCCAACCAUAUGAUGUUGAACAUCAACCUUUGGUCAACAUUGCUGCUAGGAGCUGGAAUCCUGUUCACUGGGGAACUCUGGGAGUUCUUGAGCUUUGCUGAAAGGUACCCGACCAUCAUUUAUAAUAUCCUGCUCUUUGGCUUGACCAGUGCCCUGGGUCAGAGCUUCAUCUUCAUGACAGUUGUGUAUUUUGGUCCCCUGACCUGCUCUAUCAUCACCACAACUCGGAAGUUCUUCACCAUUUUGGCCUCUGUGAUCCUCUUUGCCAACCCCAUCAGCCCCAUGCAGUGGGUAGGCACUGUGCUUGUGUUCCUGGGUCUUGGUCUUGAUGCCAAGUUUGGGAAGGGAGCAAAGAAGACAUCCCACUAGGAAGAGAAGACUACCUCCACUCCAAAAAUACUUAAGUUAUUAUCUCCAGCAGUGACAUCUCUUGGGAAAAUGGACUUGGUAGUGAUAAGGAACUGAGUUCCAGUUUUUUUUUUUUUUUUUUUU